GUGUGUAGGCCCGAGCGAGGGCCGGCCUGAGAAUCGGGGGUGUAGCAGGCUGGUGGAAGCUGCCAGGACCGGAGCUGAGCCGUCGCCCUUAGCGGGGAAGCGAGCGGAAGGCGCGCCGGCUCGGUGGGCAUCUCUCGUGCUCCUCCCUCGCUCGGGGUCCGCUGCCAUGUGGGCCACCGCGAGGUUAGCGCUGUGGCGCUGCGCCCGCGCUGCUGCCCCCGGACCGCGCGCCUAUCACGGGGACGCGGUGGCCACGCUGGGCACCCAGCCCGACUCGGGCUCUGCCGUCUACCAGGAAAACUAUGAACAGAUGAAAGCACUAGUAAAUGAACUCCAUGAACGAGCACAGAAAAUAAGACUAGGAGGUAGUGAGAAAGCCAAAGAACGCCACACAUCGAGAGGAAAACUGUUAGCCAGAGAAAGAGUCGAUGGCCUUCUGGACCCAGGGUCUCCAUUUCUGGAAUUAUCCCAGUUUGCAGGUUACCAGUUAUAUGAUAAUGAGGAGGUCCCUGCAGGUGGCAUCAUUACAGGCAUUGGGAGAGUAUCAGGAGUAGAAUGCAUGAUUGCUGCCAAUGAUGCUACUGUUAAAGGUGGUACCUACUACCCAGUGACUGUAAAAAAACAUUUACGGGCACAAGAAAUUGCACUGCAAAACAGGCUCCCCUGCAUCUACUUGGUUGAUUCAGGAGGUGCAAACUUACCUCGACAAGCAGAAAUAUUUCCAGAUCGAAAUCACUUUGGCCGCAUAUUCUAUAACCAGGCAAUUAUGUCUUCUAAAAAUAUCACACAGAUAGCGGUGGUCAUGGGCUCCUGUACAGCAGGAGGUGCUUACGUGCCUGCAAUGGCUGAUGAAAACAUCAUUGUACGCAAGCAGGGUACCAUUUUCUUGGCUGGACCACCCUUGGUUAAAGCAGCAACUGGAGAAGAGGUGUCAGCUGAGGAUCUUGGAGGUGCUGAUCUUCAUUGCAGAAAGUCCGGAGUCACUGACUACUACGCUUUGGAUGAUAAUCACGCCCUUCACUUAACUAGGAAGAUUGUGAGAAGUCUCAAUUAUCAGAAAAAAUUGGAUGUUACCAUUGAGCCUUCUGAAGAUCCUUUAUUUCCUGCAGAUGAAUUGUACGGAAUAGUGGGCGCUAACCUUAAGAGGAACUUUGAUGUCCGAGAGGUCAUUGCUAGAAUCGUGGAUGGAAGCAGAUUCAAUGAGUUCAAAGCCUUAUAUGGAGACACAUUAGUUACAGGAUUUGCUAGAAUAUUUGGAUACCCAAUUGGCAUCAUUGGAAAUAAUGGAGUCCUCUUUUCUGAAUCUGCAAAAAAGGGGGCUCACUUCGUCCAGUUAUGCUGCCAAAGGAAAAUCCCUCUGCUGUUCCUGCAAAACAUUACUGGAUUUAUGGUUGGUAAAGACUAUGAAGCUGAAGGAAUAGCCAAGGAUGGUGCCAAGAUGGUGACUGCCGUAGCCUGUGCCAAAGUGCCUAAGAUAACUGUCAUCAUUGGGGGAUCCUACGGGGCUGGAAACUAUGGGAUGUGUGGCAGAGCAUACAGCCCAAGAUUUCUUUACAUUUGGCCAAAUGCUCGUGUCUCAGUGAUGGGAGGAGAGCAGGCAGCCAACGUGUUGGCAACAAUAGCGAAGGACCAGAGAGCAAGGGAAGGGAAACAGUUCUCCAGCGCUGAGGAAGCUGCUUUAAAAGAGCCCAUCAUUAAGAGGUUUGAAGAGGAAGGAAACCCUUACUAUUCCAGUGCAAGGCUGUGGGAUGAUGGGAUUAUUGAUCCAGCGGACACCAGACUGGUCCUGGGUCUCAGUAUCAGUGCAGCCCUCAAUGCACCAAUCCAGAAGACAGACUUCGGCAUCUUUAGGAUAUAACUGGGAUAUAUAGCAUCUUCUAUUGGACAUUACUAAAAAUCAAUAUAUUAAUAGCAUUAAAGUUUAAGACUUUUUCAAAUUUUGACUGUUACAGUAAAAUUUUCUCAAUAUAGUGCAUUAUACCUUUCUACUACCUUAAAAAAAUCAAUGAAGCCAUGGCUGGUUUGGCUUAGUGUAUAGAGUGCAGCCCCUGGACUGAAGAGUCCUGGGUUUGAUUCUGGUCAAGGGUUGCAGGCUUGAUUGGGGUACGUGCUGGAGGCAACCAAUUGAUGUGUCUCUCUCACAUCGAUGUGUCUCCCUGUCUAUCCCUGUCCCUUCUACUUUCUCUUAAAAAAGAAAAGAAUAGACAAA